UUACCACAACCAAGGUCGACAGAAUGGCUGCCCUUAAGAUUGUCAAGAAGCACACCAAGCCCUUCAGACGCCAUCAGUCUGACCGCUUCCACCGUGUCGGUGAGUCAUGGAGAAAGCCCAGAGGUAUUGACAACUGUGUCCGUCGCCGCUUCAAGGGUGUUAUUCGCAUGCCCAAGAUUGGUUAUGGUAACAACAAGAAGACCAGAUACUGCAUGCCCAACGGUUUGAAGGCUUUCGUUGUCCGUAACGUCGCUGACGUCGAUCUUCUAUUGAUGCACAACAAGACCUACGCUGCCGAGAUUGCUUCUAACGUUUCUGCUCGCAAGCGUGUUGAGAUCGUUGAAAAGGCUCGUGCUUUGGGUGUUAAGGUUACCAACGCUGGUUCCAAGGUGCGCUCCCAAGAAUAAACUGGGGAAACUUUACGGUUUGUUGAGCUUUGUAUACAUGAUCCUCAUGUCAAAAAGGAGAAUUUAAUUAGUUUUUAUUUUCUGGAAAAUUUUGCAUUUGUGUUACCUUCGUAAAACUCAAUAGGACUAGUAGUUUGUAAAAAGCAUA